AGCUACUCCCCCUGCUCAAAUUAUUCAGAGCGUCGCUCUUUUUUUAUUAUACUACUACUAAGGCAUCAUAGAUGUCGACAUCAGCAACUGAGGUGGAACUAUCUGUACGUAAGGGCAAUGAGAGUCUCUCUGUGGAGACCAAUCAUGACAUUGAAGAUGGUGUACCAGUAACCAAGCCUGGUUCCUCUUCAUCAUCGUGCUCAUCUGAUAAUGAGAUGAGGGAAUUGAAGCCCGAUGAGAAGAAGGUAGAGGAGAAGAGUUUGGAGGAUUGGAAGCUGCUUUUCAUGUUUAUGGUUUUGGGAUUCAUCGCCUUGGCUCCAUGGAACUUCGUCCUCACUGAGUUGGUCUACUUGAAUGAUAAGUUCGAGCAUCAGUUCAGUUCCAACGUCUCCAUCUACUACGGUCUGUCUGUCAAUGUGGCCGAGCUGUUAUUGAUCUUCAUUGGUAACAAGUUUGCCUUUGCUCCCCGUAUGGAUAUUGGAUGCGUACUUCUAGCAUCAUUCAACAUUGCCCUGGCUCUCGUUGCCAUGUUUAUUGGUAAUGAUGAUCCUUGCGACAACGCCGGUCUCGGCUUUGGACUCGGUCUGGUUUGCACUUUUAUGCUUGGUUUUGGUCACUCUUUUAUUGAAUCGUGUGCCUUUGGUUUGGCAGCUCUGGGUUCUCAGGCUUGCAUGAAUUGGGGUAUGAUUGGUGAAGGUGUUGCUGGUCUCAUUGGAUGGCCUAUUAAUAUCUUGAUCAACUAUAUCCUUAUAUCAUGUGGAGUUGAGCGUUAUGCUGAAUGGAGAUGCUUUAUAUUCUUCCUAGUCACCACUGUCUUAACCAUUCUCUGUCUACCUAUGUACCAUUAUGGUAUGAUGAAGCAUCCCUACAUGAAACAGGUUAUGGAGAUGGAAGCUAAGCGUAAGGCUGGUGGACUCAAGCAGCGACAGACCAGGAGACCUGUUUACAGGAUCCUUAUGGAUAUCGCUGUACCUGCUUUCGUGGUUUGGUGUGCUCUUACUAUUACCUUUGUUGUCUUCCCAUCCCAAGUUACUCAGUUUACUAGUGGUAAGGGUGCGGCUGAUAACGCAUCCUUUAUUCCUCUUAUUACCUAUAUGUAUCAGAUAUUCGAUACUGUUGGGCGUUUCGCGCCUAAUGUUGGUAUCCGUCUUCCUCAGUUGUGGCUUGUUGCCUUAGCUCUUAGUCGUGGUAUCUUUAUCCCACUAUUCAUAUGCAUCAAGUUAUUCCCUUGGAAUGCGGCAUUCCAACAUAACUACUUCAAACAUAUCAUGAUGGCAAUAUUUGCCUUCACCAAUGGUGUUACCAGUACUCUGGGUAUGAUGAUGGGUCCUACCAAGGUUCCUGAUGAUCGAAAUGAACAAGAAAUCGCUGGUUAUGCCAUGAGUUUCUGCCUUAUCGAUGGUAUCCUUAUUGGAAGUAUCUUCGGUAUAUGGUGUAUGGUGUACUGCUACACUGUAUUGUUUGAUGAGCCGUUUGUUCUCAAUAACAACAACAGUGUCCUUGGAGAACUCAAGUUCGACAACGUGAACCAUGUUGCCUGCUCUCUUUUCUUAUACACCUAG